UGGAUCCCGCCGAGGACACCACCCUCUGGACCGGGAUGCUGUGCUGCCUGCGCCACACUCCAGGCGGCCGCGGCGGUGCUAGCGUUGCGGCUCCCGUGCCACCGUCGCUGGGUCCGCCCCGCCUUCGCCUACCUCGCACUCGCGCUCACCAUCGUCAUCCACUGCAUGUACGCCGUCGCCGUCGCAGCCCGCCUCUUCCUCGCCGACGACCCACAAGACAUGUUCAUCACGAUCUUCUGCACCGUGGCCCUCGUCUUCUUCGUGGCGGGCGACAUCAGCAGCUUCCUGGCCCUCUUCCAUGGAGGUGAGGAGUAGGACUGAGAAGCAGGGCAAGCUGUACGUAAUCGACUAGUAUAUGAUCAGACAUAUAUAAUUCAUAUGCUUAUGCAUGUCCAGCUUCCGCAUAGUCCAUGUUGGUGAAAUUGGUACUGCAUGCAGUUUAUAUACAUGAACUCAUGUUUUUUUUUUUUGCGAGGGAUAUGAACUCAUGUUGUUCCCGGUGUUGAGAACUGUUACUCAUUCAUUCUCUAUGAACCGGUGGCCGGUGUAUCAAUGUAGUCCAUGUGGGUUCCAAAUGUCGGUUUGGUCCGGAUUUUUCCACUCGUGUGAGAUUGUUUAGUACUGUACACGUGCGUGCAUAUCGAUCAUGGGUGCAAUCCUACAUGUCAGCGUGCACACGUGAUGUGCAGUCCUACAUAUCGUUAGCCAUCCAUGGUACAGACUGUAGAGGCAUACUAGCGCUGAUCUUUAGGUCGGAUCGAGCCUCAGUCUCAACUUGGUGAAAUGAUUCAGGAAUAAUGCUAACGUCGUUGUAUCACAUCCUAUGGUUGACAGGAUGUAGGCCAACUGUGUUAGGAUAAGUUGUAUAGGGAGAGGAAAGUAGUUUAAAUUGUACUCUGUCUUCUAUCCCUUCUUCUGUUCCAACUCCUGUAACCUUGAUCGAUCCUGUUACGAUCGAUCAUUCCU